GAUGUUGCUCUCGGCCGGCGAAAGGGUCUCUCUCUCGUUAGGGCAGGAGCGGCGAAAGGGGCGGACCUGGGGCUGCGCUUCAAGCCGGGGAGGAAGAAGUCCUGGGCAGCAGCAAGAAAGCACCUACUCGGGGGAGGAAGGUGCCAAGCGAAGGAGGAGGAGAGAGACUGCCUGGAAGACUCCGGCUCUUGCAGUCCAGUAGAAAGAAAAAAAGAAAGAGGUUGGGGAAGGAGCAGCUCAGCUCGGUUGACUGUGUGUCUUGAGUUUUUCUUCUCCUCUCCUUUUGUUUUUUAAUUGUGGAAGAGGAGGGAGCUCCUGGAAAAGUCGGGCAGCCUGAAGUAGCCAGAGGAGAGGAGGGAGACUAGCUGGCUGCUUGGGGAGCGCAAAAAGCAGCAGGAAUAGCGAGAGGAGCAGCCCGCGGGCUCGGGGAAAAGGAGGAGCAGCUCCACGCGGGUGCAGGAGACGGCGGGGAACCCGGCGCAGCCACCUUAAGGCGCCCGGCCGCGCGCCCCUGGCACGGCUCGGCUGCUCCCCCGGCGUGCGCGCACACGCAUCCAUACAAACACGCACACACGUGGGCGCUUGCCGCCUCCCAGCGCGGUGGGGCGCCGGCCCCUCGGCCAAAGGGGGAGCUGCGGACUGUCUCUGGCAGGAGGAGGAGGAGGAGGAGGACCGGGGGGCGGCAUCCCCCCCUGGACGCGCUUCCCUCCGACUACCAGCCGGUGCCAUCUCAGUUGAGGAGCGCGAGAGCUCGUGGGAAGCCGGAGAUCCACGUCUCGGAAGCCCGCAGUUGAACUGGUGGCCAGUUGCCUCUCUUUUUCUCUCCACCCGCCCAAACCUCUUCAGCUCUCUAAGAAACUAUUGACGUGAUUAUUAUUAUUCUUUCGGGGUUUUUUUAUUAUCAGUCUCGCCCCUCUCUCCCCCCCCUUUCUGGCGGAAGCGCAGCCACCAUUGCUGAUUUGCAAUCUGUUUGCUGUGGUGGUAACAACCUGCUUAAAAGAAAAUCCUUGCAACCUGUUGCAGCUAUUUUCGAAAAAAAGAAAAACCGCUCAUCAACCUGUUGCAGUUUUUAAUAAGAAGCGACUGCCGGGUUGAACUUGCUGCUUCUGCUGCCACGCCACGGCUGCUCGCGAUCUUGCGACCCAAAUCCCAGCAUUUUGGAGGCCAGAAAUCCGGUGCAAGCUACUGUUUGGACUAGCGAUCUGUUGCAUUCCUCCCCUCUCUCCAAAAUCUAUAAUAUAUAUAUAUAUAUAAUCUCAGCCUUAUUCUCACGCGUCCACAUAAGGAAGAAGACCGGAGGGGGGAGGGGGGGAAACCGGUCACUUAAUUUUUUUUGGUAGGUGAGAAGGUGAAGAGUGAAAAAGCGCGCUUUUUGGUGCUUUCUCUCUAAACCUUCCUAAAAAUGCACUGCUACCUGUGGAGCGUCUUUCUCACCUUGGAUCUGGCCACGGUGGCCUUCGCCCUGUCGACGUGCAGCACCCUCGACAUGGAUCAGUUUAUGCGCAAGAGGAUCGAAGCGAUCCGGGGGCAGAUCCUGAGCAAACUGAAACUCAACAGCCCUCCGGAAGAGUACCCGGAGCCCGAGGAGGUUCCUCCGGAGGUCAUCUCGAUCUACAACAGCACCAGGGACCUGUUGCAGGAGAAGGCGAACCACAGGGCAGCUUCUUGCGAGAAGGAGAGGAGCGACGAGGAGUAUUACGCCAAAGAGGUUUACAAAGUAGACAUGCAGCAUACUUUCCACUCCGCAAAUCUCAUCUCAACAAACCACCCCAUCCCCUAUUUUAGACGAGUGAGAUUUGAUGUCUCGGCGAUGGAAAAAAAUGCUUCCAACCUGGUGAAGGCAGAAUUUAGAGUCUUUCGAUUGCAGAAUCCAAAGGCUCGGGUCUCGGAACAACGGAUAGAACUGUAUCAGGUUCUGAAAACCAAAGAUCUAACAUCACCUAUGCAGCGCUACAUUGAUAGCAAGGUAGUUAAAACCAGAGCUGAAGGCGAGUGGCUAUCUUUCGAUGUAACUGAUGCAGUACACGAGUGGCUCCACCACCGAGACAGGAAUCUUGGAUUUAAGAUAAGUUUACACUGUCCAUGUUGCACGUUCGUGCCUUCAAAUAAUUAUAUCAUCCCAAAUAAAAGUGAAGAGCUAGAGGCAAGAUUUGCAGGUAUUGAUGACUACUACACAUAUCCCAGUGGUGAGAAAUCUUUAAAGCCCAGUAGGAAAAAAAACAGUGGGAAGACCCCACAUCUUCUGCUAAUGUUAUUGCCCUCCUACAGACUUGAGUCGCAACAGUCCAGUCGGCGGAGGAAGCGUGCUCUAGAUGCUGCCUAUUGUUUUAGGAAUGUGCAAGACAACUGCUGCCUGCGCCCAUUUUAUAUUGACUUCAAGAGAGAUCUGGGAUGGAAAUGGAUACAUGAACCUAAAGGAUACCAUGCAAAUUUCUGCGCAGGAGCUUGUCCUUAUUUAUGGAGCUCAGAUACUCAGCAUAGUAGAGUUCUCAGCUUGUAUAACACUAUCAACCCAGAAGCCUCUGCGUCUCCAUGCUGUGUAUCCCAAGAUCUGGAGCCCCUCACCAUCUUGUAUUACAUUGGAAAAACGCCCAAAAUCGAACAACUUUCUAACAUGAUCGUAAAGUCUUGCAAAUGCAGCUAAGGGAUAUUCUGAAGCGGCACAGCAAGUGCAUCCCCCCCCCCCCCCGGAAAAGAAAGGAAGAAAACAAAACAUAAGAAGAAGAAGAAAUGUAAAGAAAAACAUAGGGUCUAGCAGUGAUUUAAAAAAAAAAACAAAGGAGAAAAAAGCGGUACUAGUCCAAAUCGUUUGAGAGUUUGUUUCAUUGUUUUGUGUUUUGUUUAUUAAAAAAAAAUCACCUGAAGCAAAAACCGUGAAGGCCUUAUCCUACAUUUCAACUACUUGGUUAGUGAGAUAGACAAGAAGGAAUUUUCUUUUUAAAAAAAACAAAAGCAAAAAAAAAAUACUAACAAGAAAGAAAAGAAAAUGAAAAAAAAACCUUUUAAAAAAAUAAACACUGGAAGAAUUUGAUAGAGUUCUUAUGUGAAAGGAAAAAAACAGGAAAACUAUCCCAUUCAGUGGAGUUGCUGUAUCUGUUCCAUGGCUUACUUGACCUCCGUGUUACGCCAUAGAUGCUCUACCCAUUCCCUGUAGUUCUUAGAAAUUAACAGCGCAUUAUUUAUUUUUGUGUUAUAUGAUCAAAUGAGGGUGCAUGUCAUUGCCAUGGGAGGGGGGACGGGAUGAGGGAGCAAAACAAACAAACAAAAAACGGGCAGACCAAAUAAACUGCAAGAAACCUGGUUUAAUCCCUUAGGAACCUGAGCUCAAAAAAAGAAGAAGAUUUUUUUUAAAAAAUCCUGCAAACCAUGAUUUGCUUAGCUCAGUUCAAACAGUAGUUCGCUAUUUUUAAGGAAGUCUACCUUAAAAAGAAAAAGCCACAUACACCGUUGUUUUUCUUGCCAAGAGCCUAGGAAGGCUUUAUACAAAGCCUCGCACCAUUUGUUUUUAUACUGAAAAGCUUAACAAUAAAGGACAUUUUUGUUUCAGUCUCAAAGACAAGUCUAUUAGGAUUCUUUUAAACAUGCAAACAUACCACCACCAACGACUGUAAAUGAACUAAACCGUCAAGUUUAGUAAACCAGUGAAAUAUUUAACAUGUACUGGUCUAAUCUUCAGACCCUAAUAUGUUGCUGUACAGCUAUUGCUUUGGGAUUGUUUGUUUUAUUUGUGUUUGUGCGCGCGGUUUUUUUUUGUUUCUUUGUUUUGUAUAUGUAACCGUACCUAUAGUAUUACAAUAGGUGGGUAGUAAGAAGCCAGCUUAAUUGGAAACAUAUCUGUAGAUCUCUAUUGUAAACUAUUAAAAAAUUAAGUACUUUAUGUGUAACGUGUAAAUUUUCACCAUAUUUUUGUACUCUGUUAAUACUGUCAACUCUGAAGAGUUUGAACUUAGGGGCUCUUGUUUAUCACUUGGAAUUGUCUGUUUCCCUCUAGCUGGCCAGUAUGAGAGAAGCCCCUGUUUUUUUGUUUUCUCCCCCCCAACUUGCACUACAAAUACAUGUUUUGUAAUAUUUGCUAUACAUGAGCUUUGUAUGUGGUUUUUCAUCCUGACGAUAUAAGCUACCUGACUCCAAUUUCAUUCUGUUUCAGAAGAAGAAAAUAAGGUAAGAGUAAAAACAAAACAAAACUAACAGAAGGCGAGGCAACCCCCCCCCCCUUAGUCAUACAUUUGAAACCGGGAGGCUUCAAAAUGCUGAAGUUUUAAAUCUCUCUUUGGGUGCUGGAACAGAAGGCAAUUUUUUCCCAGAUGGCAGGGACAACACAGAAGCAAAGACUUCUGGACUUAUAAUUGAUCUGCUUGUAUAAGCAUUCAUUGGCCUGAUCAGGCUGUAGUCAGUUCAGCCAGUCAAAAUGAAAAGAGGAAAGACACACACUACACCCCUAUUGUGAUAUAGCAGGCGCAGGGGGGUUGAAUCUUGGCUCUGCUGUAGCACCCACUGGGUGACCUUGUGCUAGUCACCUUUUCUCAGCCGAGCCUACCUCACAGGGUAGUUGCAAGGAUAUAACAGGCAUGUGUGCCGCCUUGAGCUCUUGAGAGGAAAAACCAUCCCAUUUUGCAAUACCAGACAGUCCUGUAUUUGAAGGGCUGCUGGAAUAGGCUUCUAUUUGAAGGAGUCCUCUGCUGCGCUGGUCCAGGCCAAGCUUGGCUUAAAGAGAAAAACAGGAAGGAAGACUCGGGGGCCCAUAAAGAUGCCCAAUAACUCUUAGCAGCUGAGUGCAGGGUUCUACACGUUGGCAAUAUGUAUUGUAUGUCUAUUUAAAUUAGAAAUUAUUUCCAAAAUUUGCAUCGCGACAUAAAUUAACACAUGCAAAGUCCAUGCAAAUCUCUUGUCUUUUUUGUGUGUGUGAUGUGUAACCUAGCUGCUAGAUGGGGAAGGAGAAGCAUCUAGUUUGCCUGGGAAUAUUUCAGGUUUGUUUUUAAAGAAAAGGUUUGCAGCUGGCUCAAAUGGGGGAAUGGCAUUUGUAUACCGCACAGUUGUGCUCACACUUCCCCACAUAGCUCAAACCUGCUUCCCUGCACACACAGCCCCAGCUAGGUUUGUGCAUCACAUGCCCAUGUCUUUAGUCCUAAAUAAUCCAGGGUGUGUUUAAAAAAAUCACAAUAGUGCCUUUAAAUUGAUGCAGUCAAGGGUGUGUUAGGUUUCAAGAUCGAGGUUUGAUUCAUACUUUCAGGAAGGUUUGAUAGUUUGAGAGGAACACAAGCCAUGCAUAUUGGGGCUCACAAUAAGGUAAAUAAAUUCAGCCACAGGGUGCAUAGGUAAAGGUAAAGGGACCCCUGACCAUUAGGUCCAGUCGUGACCGACUCUGGGGUUGUGGCGCUCAUCUCGCGUUAUUGGCUGAGGGAGCCGGCGUACAGCUUCCAGGUCAUGUGGCCAGCAUAACAAAGCCGCUUCUGGCA